AUGGUCCGCGACGAUCAAACGCGCAAGGCUCUUACGCCACUGAUGAUUUUUCUUCCCGGUGCCCCGGUGAAAGGCCAGGGGAGCGCGCAAACCAGGUCAAGUUCCAAAAUGAUCGGUUUCAAGGUUCGGCGUGUCGGAACCCUAGAAGAUCCCGGACAGUUGCCAAAUGCGGCGAUUCUCUCGACGUUCGAGACUUUCGGGGAAUCAGGCGACCCACAGACCAAGGGAAGAUCUGGCGAACCACCAUCACAUCUCAGCUUAAUCAGGCAUAAAGAACCUUCAGCAUGGGCUCUUUUGCCACGUCUCCACGACCUCCCGCCCCGGAUUCAAUAUAUAAGGCUGGGAUGA